AUGGAGCUCGACAGCAUUUCUCAAGACAAUAGGACCUCAGUUUCUGCUUUUGAUAAUAUUACUCGUAAUGGAGAAAAAGAGGAAGGUGCUUCUCAAGUAGAGGUCGAUCUCGAACGAGUUUUGGAACUGGAGAACAUGAAGGAGCUUCAAAACCAGGUGGAGAUUGGAGCAUCUGACAAGUCAGUUACAAAGCAAGAGUCAGGCAAAAAGAACAGAAAGAGGGGACGACGAGUGGAUGCUGAACAAGAUGGAGAGAACACAAAAAAGAAGAAAAAGCAGAUUCAACGACCCAACUACUUUGUUUCCAUCCCUAUCACUAACGCACAGAUAAGCUCAGCGGUGACCGAGGUCCAAGAAUCAGUACUGGAGCGUGACCCCCGCUUGUCCAGAGCCAUGAUCCCCAUCCCGACGCUGCACCUCACGCUUCUGGUCACAUAUCUCGCCAACCAAGAACAAGUAGACCUGGCGGCGGCGGCGCUGGCGCAGGUGGAGCCGUCGUUGGUCAACUUGCUGAGAGGGGCGGAGCUGGUGCUUCCCUUUUCGGGCGUCGCUCACUUCAGAAACGACGUGGUGUUUGUCGCCCUCCGGGAAGGACCACAUACGCAGGUGCUGCGCAAACUGGCAGAGUUGGUGUGCGGCGGUUUUGAGGAACGAGGGCUUCUGGAAGGCGACGCUCGUGGCUUUGAACCUCACCUCACAAUUAUGAAGUUGUCCAGAGCGCCAAAGCUCAGAUCACAGGGAAUCAAGCGCGUGGACCCUUCACUCUACUCCAACUACACCAGCAGGUUUUUCGGCGACCAGACAGUGGAGCGUCUGGAUCUUUGCUCCAUGCUGAAAAAGAAGCAGCAGGACGGCUACUACCACACCGAGACAUCACUGCAACUUGAUUUGACGCAGAAUGUGGUCCGUCGCAAACACUCAAGCGGUCGUCGGCGGUCCGAACCUGACGAGGCGGAGCUUACGAGGAUCAGCAAGCGAUUGGUGGAGGAUGCCAUCAACCGCGCUGUGCAGCAGUACAAGCAGGAAACGCUCCAGAACGGUGGCGGACCCGCCGCGGGAGGGCAACCGCCCGGAAACGCCAACGGGACAACGGACUCCGCCAAGUGA